AUGCCACCUAAGAAAAAACCAAAGCUGGCUGAUGUCCAAGCCGAAUCUGUGCAGCCGGCCGCCGAUACACCUGCCAGUGAGGGUGCGGGCAAGCCAGAAAAUGGGCACGACUUGGUGUCGGAUCCCUGGACUGACGAGCAGGAGACAGCUCUGCUGAAGGGGAUUAUCAAAUGGAAGCCAGUUGCUCGGAACACUCUACAACCUGCCUGCGCUCGAUGA